CAGCCUUCUUGACUUGAAUAUCCGCACCCACACACAUGGCACGGACCAUAUCUCCACCUCAGCUGCUCCCACCGCUCGGGGUCAAUGUCGCUUCCGAUCUGCAAACUCUGCUCCUCCCCCGCGUAGUAGCAGACAGGAGACGAUAGGGAGGAGACGCCUCUUUCUCUUCGCCGGCCAAAUCGAGCUAGCUAGCCGGGCGGCGGAGGGAUGAGGGAGGCGGAAGCUUCGGCGUCGACGCGGCGCCGGACCCUGGUGCUGGUGAACCUGACGUCGAUGCUGGAGAAGGCGGACGAGGUGCUGCUGCCGGCGGUGUACCGGGAGGUGGGCGCCGCGCUGGCCGUCUCCCCCACGGCGCUCGGCUCCCUCACCCUCUGCCGCGCGCUCGUCCAGGCCCUCUCCUUCCCGCUCGCCGCCUACGCCUCCGCGCGCCACGACCGCGCCAAAGUCGUCGCCGUCGGCGCCUUCCUCUGGGCCGCCGCCACCUUCCUCGUCGCCAUCUCCCGCACCUACCUCCAGAUGGCCAUCUCGCGGGGGCUGAACGGCAUCGGCCUCGCGCUGGUCAUUCCGGCCAUCAACUCGCUGGUCGCCGACUACACGGACGACCACACCAGGGGCGCCGCCUUCGGGUGGCUGCAGAUGACCUGCAACCUCGGGUCCAUCGUGGGGGGCUCCUUCGGCGUGCUCCUCGCGCCGGUCACCUUCCUCGGCGUCCCCGGCUGGCGGCUCGCGUUCCACAUCGUGGGCGCCAUCAGCGUCGCGCUGGGCCUUCUCAUGUGGCUCCUCGCCGCCGACCCGCACUCCAAGUCCAAGAACGCGGCGUCGGCGAGGGAGGAGGCCCGGGAGCUGCUCCGGGACGCCAGGGCCGUCAUCGCGGUGCCCACGUUCCAGGUCAUCGUCGCGCAGGGGGUCGCCGGCCUCAUCGCCUGGUCGGGGCUCAACUUCGCCACCAUGUGGCUGGAGCUCAUGGGGUUCACGCACUGGGAGACCAGCAUCAUCACGGGGCUCUACCUCUUCGCCACCGCCCUCGGCGCGCUCUUCGGGGGCGUCGUCGGCGACGCCGUCUCGCGCCGGUUCCCAGACGCCGGGAGAAUCGCGCUGGCGCAGAUCAGCUCCGCGUCCGCGCUCCCGCUCGGCGCCGUCCUGCUGCUCGGCUUGCCCAACGACCCGUCCACCGGCGUGGCGCACGCGGCCGUGUUCUUCGUCAUGGGGUUCGCCAUUUCCUGGAACGCCGCGUCCACCAACAACCCGAUCUUCGCGGAGAUCGUGCCGGCGAAGGCGAGGACGACGGUGUACGCGCUGGACAAGUGCUUCGAGUCGGUGUUCGCCUCCUUCGCGCCGCCGGUGGUGGGCAUCCUGGCGGAGCGCGUGUUCGGGUACAAGCCGGUGUCUUCCGAGUCGAGCGUGGACAUGGACAGAGGGAACGCGGCUGCAUUGGCCAAGGCCAUGUACGUGGAGCUGGCGGUGCCCAUGGCCAUCUGCUCUUUGACCUAUGGCCUCCUGUACUGCACUUACCCCCGGGACAGAGACACCGUGAACCUCAUGGCAGCAGACGAAGACGAUGACAGUGAAUCAAGUGCGGUUCGUGCCCACCAAGACGAAGAAUCCCCUGUCGGUUCCUUAACCCAGAGACUGAUACCCACGACCACGACAGACUAGCACUUUACAGGUUUUGCAUUUUCAAAUCGGUUUCGGGUUCUCGGACCAUUGAACAACUCUGCACGACUGGAACUUUUAUUUCAUUAUUUAUAUGGGUCUGUCUAUGUCACAUCUAAAUGUGAUGUCACAUCUAGAAACUGCCCUCGUUGACAAACAAAACAAACUGUUUGCUCCCGAUC